AACCGGGAAAGGAGCGGCGAGCUGGCCGGGAAUGCGGCGAAGGGGUUAAAGCCGGCCGGGAGGGUGAGCUCAGGUAGGCCGGGCCUGGGGCUCCCCUUUCCAAAGGCUCCUUUUCCAAGGAAGCCGGGCCCGGAGGAGGGGCCGGGCCGCCCAUUCCCGCCGCUAUAAAAUCCCGCAAUUCCAGCCCGCGGCUCCCGGAGGAUGCGCACGUGCGCCGGGAGCGGCGGCGAGCCCGAAAACCGGGAAUAAACCGGGAUAAACCACCCCCCCCCCCCUCAGAACCGGGAUAAAACCCUUCAAACCCGGGAUAAACCCGGGAUCAAACCCCUCGGCCACCGGGAUAAAACCCGGACCAGACCUCGGACACCGCGACAAAACCCCUAAAAAGCGGGAUAAAAGCGGGAUAAAAGCCCCAAAACCCGGGACAGAAGCGGGAUAAAGCCCCUAAGGCGGAUCGGCGAGAGCCAUGAGCGGCCGGAGCUGAGCAUUCCCGCGGCGCUCCCGCUUUUCCAGCAUGUCCUUCGCCAUGCUGCGCUCGGCGCCGGGGCGCUUCCUGUACCCCGAGAUCAGCGCGCUGUCCGAGGACGAGGAGAACAGCGAGAGCUCGGGCUCGGAGGAGAAGCCCUUCCACGUGGAGAGCGACGCGUUCGGCAUGAAGGGCGGCAAGCGGCGCAGCGGCAAGAGCCGCGGGCGGCUCUCCCGGGAGCCGCGGCAGCGGCACACGGCCAACGCCCGCGAGAGGGACCGCACCAACUCGGUGAACACGGCGUUCACGGCGCUGCGCACGCUGAUCCCCACCGAGCCGGCCGACAGGAAGCUCUCCAAGAUCGAGACGCUGCGCCUCGCCUCCAGCUACAUCUCGCACCUGGGCAACGUGCUGCUGCUGGGCGACGCGGGCGGCGGCGGGCAGCCGUGCCACGGGGCGGCGGCGCCCGCCGCCUUCUGCCCCGCCGCCGCCGGAGCCGCCUCCCCGCCCGGCCGCGAGGCAGAGAGCGCCCAGCCCCGGCAGAUCUGCACCUUCUGCCUCAGCAACCAGCGCAAAAUGAGCAAAGACCGGGACAGGAAGACGGGACAGCUCCGGAGCUAGGCCGGGAAUUCCAGCCGGGAAUCCCAGCCGGAGCAGGGAAGGCCACGCUGGCGGAUUCCCGGAUCCAGGGACAUUUUCCUGCCGGAUCCCGCGGG